GCUGUGAAUACUUGCAUGCAUGUGGCUAAACCAUACUUAGCAUACAGCACCCUUUCACUUUACUCUGACCUCUAGGCCAUGGCUGUGAUACCAGGGACUAGAGCAAGGGAGCCCUGAAGAGAACUCAUCUAAGUGGGCUAAGAACACGCUGUGGCAGCUGGAUCAGAAAUGCACAAGACCUCAAUCCAUAGAGCAUAGAUACAGGGAAGGAUAAUGACACAAGAUGCUAUACUGAUACUGUAUACUCACUCUCACUCUGGACAAAACAGUGAGAGAGGCUCUCUCCACCUACAUUAGUGCAGCCCAGGAAGCAUCCUGCCAGGCACCCAUUCCCUCUCUCUCUCUCAUCCUCCCUGGAUAGACGUGUCCGCUUCACUGCUGUAUUCCUAUAUGAGACAUUUGUCGGUGGGACAGAAGAUCAUGACCGAGACCCUCCGGCUCCCCUCCUUCCAGGUGCAGGCCCCGGGGGACUGGCAGACCCCGGAUGGAGACCCAGGAUCAGAAGCCUCCACCGGGGGAAAGGUACCCAUUGCGGGUGGUGACUCUUCCGCCCUCUCCAGUUCUGCCACUCCGUCCCUCCGCCGCAAGCGCUUCAAGAUGCGGCGCAUGAAGAACGUGCAGAGCGAGAGCAGCGUGACCCCGGCUGUGUCUGCAGCGGCUGCCACUAUGAGGUCAGAGGUCAUGAGUAAGGGCCAGGGAUCGCACUCCUUCUCAGGGGGCAUGGAGUACUUACAGCUGCCGUCCAUCGAGAUUACACCAUCCAGUGAAGAGGACGCGGCAACCACCUGGUCCAACUGCUCCACACCCAGCGCUUCGCCGCGACGCAAGCGCUUCCUGCUGCACCGCUGGCUGAACGUGCGCGAGAAGAAAGAUCACUACAGUGAGAGCAGCAGGGAGAGCAGCCUACACAGCAGCCACGAGGAGGACUCCGCUCGAUUCUUGACCCCUCACAGUCGGGAGGAGAGGUGUAGUAAGCUUGAAUUUGAAAUGGUAUGCCCUCUCACAAAAAGGCGUAGCACAUGCCCCCAGCAGCCCCCUGAGGGGCCUGAGUUCCUGAGUUCCAUUGAACUCAGCCUCUUCUUCAGCCUCUCCUCCCCUGACUUUGAUGUGCUCAUUUAG